CAUGCGCGGUUUAAAGACUUCCGGAACAUGGAUGAUGUGGAACUAAUAACGGAUCACUGGAAAAGUUUAAUUUAAUGUUGAUGAGUGGUGCUGAUCUUCUGCAGAAAGUGUCGUAAUAAGGACUAUAUGAAGAAUAUUGGUCGUGAAACGGGCUGCGGAGUUUCCUGAGAGGUUGUUUAAUAUCUGAUGUAAUAUGGCAACAGCAAUAACAACACAGAGUGCUUUUAUACGAAUCAUCACAAGGCUCCGAGACAGGGGACGGCCUGGAAAGUUGUCGUCUCUGGGGUUUGGACGGAGUUUAUCCGCCGCAUGUUUACAGAAGCCAAGUAAAGAAAACACGCCAGUCCUCGGAGCUCCAGGAAGCCGGGAAGGCGGCGGUGGAGGCGGCUCAGGUCGGACGUGUCUCCUCAGAGCCGCGGUGUUCGGACUGGGGCUGAGCGGAGCUGCUUUAUACGGGGUUAAAGACAAGCGCGAUAAAGACACAAGAUCCGCCACAAACCCUGUCCUCCGCCACCUCAUACCCACAGCCUACUGCGCUUCCCCGUACAAAGACGACAGUCCGCGGUAUAAGUACAACUUUAUUGCGGAUGUAGUGGAGAAGUCAGCGCCGGCUGUAGUUUACAUUGAGAUAUUAGGACGGCAUCCAUUCUCUGGCCGUGAGAUCCCGAUCUCCAAUGGUUCUGGCUUCAUAAUCAGUACUGAUGGCCUCAUAGUGACCAAUGCCCAUGUGGUAGCCAACAAGCGUGGGGUUCGUGUCAAACUGGCCAACGGAGACGUGUACAAUGCCACUGUACAAGAUGUGGACCAGGCCGCAGACAUUGCAACAAUUAAAAUCAGUGCCAAGCAUCCCUUGCCCACGUUGCGUCUUGGGAAGUCGUUAGAUGUACGUCAGGGGGAGUUUGUGGUUGCUAUGGGGAGCCCCUUUGCGUUGAGGAACACCAUCACAUCUGGAAUAGUUAGUUCAGUUCAAAGAGGCAGCAAAGAACUGGGCUUGGCUAAUGGCAACAUGGACUACAUACAGACCGAUGCUGCCAUAGAUUUUGGGAAUUCAGGUGGUCCACUUAUUAAUUUGGAUGGUGAGGUCAUUGGUAUUAAUACCAUGAAGGUGACUGCUGGGAUUUCCUUUGCCAUUCCCUCUGACAGACUUAAUCUUUUCCUUCAGUGUGCUGCUGAUAAAAAGGGUUCCUGGUUCAGCAAGUCUGAAAGCAAACGCCGCUACAUAGGAGUGAUGAUGUUAACGCUCACCCCCAGUAUAAUCGCAGAGUUGAAGAUGCGUGAUCCUUCGUUCCCUGAUGUAGCACAUGGAAUCCUCAUCCAUCGUGUCAUCACUGGCUCUCCAGCCAACAGAGCGGGAAUGAAAUCAGGUGACAUUGUGGUGGACGUCAACGGGGUAAAGGUGAACACAUCAGAAGAAAUCUACAACGCGGUACGGACAAGCGACAGCAUCAACAUGGUGGUGCGCAGAGGUCAAGACCUCCUGAUGCUACACAUGACCCCUGAAUUCACAGAAUAACCUAAUUCAGACUCAGUAUUUUGCCUUGUGGAAAAAUUGUAGAAGAGAAGUAUUCAGAGGAAGUUUUGGUUUUUUUAAAGUCGGUGUUCUGAAAGGAUGUCAGAUGACUAGGCUUGAGUGUAUGUUAGAAAUAUGUGAAAAAGUGAUGUGAUGGGGCAGAUGUGCACAUGUACAGUCCAAGUUUUAGACAGUGUUUUGGAAUGACGGAUAAAAAGGUGAGGCAUUUAAAAGCAUUGUGAACGAAGGCUUGGAGUUUACAAAGCUACUAUUUUUGAACAGGCUUCCUUCUUUAAGUGACCUGGGAACAAAAUUGGGGUGUGAGUGCGUUUUAAUGUUCUGCACUUGUCUGAGAAAACUAUGUCAACACAUCAGUCCACAGUUCUUGUGUUGUAUUGAUUAAGCUUACAGCUGUUCAAAAUAUUGCCUGUUCUAAAAAAACGGCCCAGCUUACAGCUAGAAAGUUCAGCAUGAAGACGAAGAUGAUUCAUCUUCUUAACACUGAUUUAGUCUGUCCCUGUAUAUGUGAAGAACUUGAGAUUUAAUUCCUUCCUGUCUUUGACCUACACUUGAACAUUUUUCUUCCUUAAAAUAGCAGUGAAUGGCUACUUUUGAAAUAGUGUUUGAGACGUUUUUCCACGAGUGCUCCUAAUGCUCCUGUACAUCAGGUUUCUUGUGCACACAUUGGCGAACACUUUUAUAUAAUUGACAUAGCUUUGAUUACAGUUGUGUUUGAAACAAAAAAUAAACUAUUUUAAUGUUAA